AUGGACGACACAUCCUCCUCACAGACAACAAUGGAGCCGUCGACGCCCACGCCGAAAAGACAGCCCCCCCUCUACACGCCCCUGGCCGCAGCAACGCUCGAGCGCAUCAACACCUGGCGCACGACGAACCUCCUCGCCGCAACCUGCACCUGCACCGACCCCCCGACGCCGCUCCCGCACCCGACCUCGACCUUUCUCGCCGCCCACACCAACUUCUGGCACGGCACCUGGACCUACCGCCGGCACCCGCCGCCCCCGCCACCGGACGACGACUGGCGCCCGGACUCAUGCCCCCGCUGCGCCCGCCUCGGCGCCGCCGCCCCGGCCACGCCAGAUCCCACCCCGGAAGAGCAGCAGCACGAGCAGCAGCAGCCGGCGCCGCACGCCUCGGCCGGCGCCGCCUCCUCGUCCGUCGGCGCCGCCCUCUCCCGCAUCGCCUCGCUCUGCCUGACGCCCGCGAAGAAGCGCGCGGCCGCCAAGCCCGGCGCCGGCAGCGGCUCGUCCAGACGAGGGGGUCCAGAUGCAGCCAAGCCGGGUAGCCCCCACGGCCCGGACACGGAAGACGACGACGACGAGGACGUCCCCAAGCGGCAGAGCGGGCGGGACGACGGCGCGCCUUUGAAGCAGCAAGUCUCGUCGUCGUCGCUGUUUCGAAAGAUGAGGCUGCGCAAGUGGAGCUUCGAGCGGACGCCCGCCAGGACGGCCGCCGCGAACGCGAGCAGGGGCGGCACGCCGUCGGCCGAGAGGAGGAAGACGCCGCGCGUCACGGCGGCGGCUGUCGCGGCCGUCAGCGCGCCGGCGGGGCGUGUCGGGGCCGAGUAUAAUCCCUCCAGCGCAUCGACGGGCUCUAAUCCUGACGAUGCCGGGCUGGAAGGGUUAAAAGUGAAGCGGGCGCGAGAGGGGGAUGCUCGGCUGUCGAGGGCGAGGGAGCUACUUGAGAGGAAGGAGAGGGCGGAGCGGCAGGGGGUGUAG